GCAGACACGUGGAAUGUGCAGCAGAACAUGGAGCCUGCCAUCCGGGUCAGAGCUGGAUGCAGUAAAUGGGACAUUCGCCAGAAGGUUUGGGAUUAUAUGGAACACAAUGAUCUGGCCGAUUUCCCGCGCCCGGUGCACCACCGCAUCCCCAACUUCAAGGGGGCGCCGCAGGCUUGUGAGCGGUUAACGACCUUGCAGGAUUUCCAGUUGGCGAAGACGGUUAAGAUAAAUCCGGACUCUCCGCAGAAGAACGCACGAUUUCUCACCCUACAAGCCGGUAAAACGUUGCUGGUUCCGACUCCGCGGCUCAGAACCGGACUCUUCAACCGGAUCACUCCACCUCGAGGGGCCAGCAAAGAGGUGCUGAGGAUAUGCUCCACCUCGCAGGGAGUGAAGGAUUUCAGCGUCCCACUGGGCCUGGAUUCUGCGCUGCAGGUGGAUCUGGUGGUUGUCGGAUCAGUCGCUGUUUCGGAGAAAGGCUGGAGAAUCGGGAAAGGUGAGGGCUUUGCAGACAUGGAGUACGCCAUGAUGGUGGCCAUGGGUGCGGUGACAGAACAGACGGUGGUGGUCACCGUGGUCCAUGACUGUCAGGUGCUGGACAUCCCCGAGGAUCUGCUGGACGACCACGACCUGACCGUGGACUACAUCCUGACCCCCACCCGGGUUAUCAAAACAGACUGCAGCCGCCCCAAACCGCAAGGGAUUAUAUGGUGCAAGAUAAGUCGGGAGACGAUGAGUAAGAUCCCGAUCCUGAGGAGACUCCAGGAUCUUGAGCGCAGAGCUGGGAAGGAUGUGACGCUGAAGAGUGACGAGGACCCCACCCUAAGGAGCCCGAGCACAGGAGCGGCCCACACCAAUCGGGCUCCGGUCACCGAGGACAACCCAACCGACCAAAAGGAGGUCCCCACCGUUUAUAUUGGGAACAUCCCCCCCACCACCCGGGUCAGUGAGCUGAAGAGCUUAUUGCGAGAGCGGGGGGCAUCUCCAGUGCACCUGACGUGGCAGGGGGCCCAGCACCGCGCCUUCCUGGACUAUGCCGAUCCAUGCCAGGCCCGGCUGGUGCUGUCCAGCCUGGAGGGGCUGACUAUAGGGGGGCAGGCCGUGCAGGUAGAACUGGCCAGAACCCAGCAGAACCAAGUGAACAGAUACCAAGUCUAUGGACAUAAGAGAAGCCAAUACUUUAAACAUGGGGGUGACACCCCAAGAAAGUAGAGGUCACCAGGCCAGGAACGGGGCGAGACGCCCUCUACUGUGAGGUUCCGAACAUACAACGGAAUCUUGUUCGGUUUCUGGGAUAGCUGGGUGACAGCCGGUGGCAGGAGAUGAACUGGGGGGGCACCUGUAAGAUUCGGGGUCUGAGUGGAUGAAGACCUGGACGUCGGCUCCAGUCUCUGGACUGUGAUCAGGUUCGGGGGUCUCACCCUCAAUGAGGUCUCAGGAAUAUAAAACAUAAAAAUUACUGACACCGGAUACGAUUCUGAGCUGAACAAACCGGAGGCCGAUCCAAAGUGGAAGUCAUCACUGCCCCCUCCAGGGCGAGACACCAUCCCCCUUUCCCCAAGAUCAGCUCACUCCCCUCCUGAAAUCCUCUGUGCUGCUGUGGUUUGCUUCCACGUAUUGCAUGUACCAAUAGCCAUCUCACUUUAAGGCCUCAUGCACAUGAACGUAUUUUGUUUCCGUGUCCGUUCAGUUUGUUUUUUUUGCGGAUAGGAUGCGGACCCAUUCAUUUUAAUGGGUCCGCAAAAAAUGCGGACAGCAC